AUGUCGAAGGCACCGAGCACGGCUAAGCAGCCGGCACCCCCCAUGCCAACCAACAAGGACGACAUCAACGGCACGUGGAACUUCCUCGAAUGGGGCGUCGAGCGCAUCAUGUACAGCCUGAGCGACGGCGUCGACCUCAAGACCUAUAUGUCGCUCUACACCUCCAUCCACAACUUCUGUACCGCUCAAAAGGCCGUCGGCACUCAAGCGUCCGCCAACCUCAACGCCAACCACCGCGGCGCCCACCUACUCGGAGAGGAUCUGUACCACCGCCUCAACGACUACCUGAAGCGCCACCUCGUGGGAGUACACGCAGAGAUGGUCAAGCACGCCGACGAGGCGUUGCUGACUUUCUACAUCAAGGAGUGGAAGCGGUACACCCAGGCCGGCAUGUACAACAACCAUCUCUUCCGCUACCUCAAUCGUCACUGGGUGAAGCGUGAGAUGGACGAGGGUAAGAAGGACGUCUUUGAUAUCUACACCCUUCACCUGGUACGCUGGAAGGAGGACAUGUUCGGCACCACCCAGAAUGCAGUCAUGGACGCCGUGCUGCGUAUGGUCGAGAAGCAGCGCAACGGGGAGACCAUCGAGCAGUCCAAGAUCAAGGACGUGGUUCAGUCGUUUGUCUCGCUCGGUAUCGACGACGCCGACAGCACCAAGACCACCCUCGAUGUCUACCGCCAGUACUUCGAGAAGCCAUACCUUGAGGCCACAUCCGCAUACUACGAGAAGGAAUCGCAGCAGUUCCUGGCAGAGAACUCCGUGGUUGACUAUAUGAAGAAAGCUGAGCGGAGACUUGACGAAGAGAAGGAGCGUGUCCCACUCUACCUUCUUCCAGAGAUCAUGCAGCCACUCAUGAAAUGCUGUGAGAACGCCCUGAUUGCCAAGCAUGCUGCCACCCUUCGAGACGAGUUCCAGAUUCUUCUUGAUAAUGACCGCGAGGAUGACAUGGCUCGCAUGUACAAGCUGCUCGCCCGGAUACCAGAAGGUCUCGAUCCACUUCGCACCCGUUUCGAGACGCACGUUCGCCAAGCUGGCCACCUCGCCAUCGAGAAGGUUGCAGAGCAAGGCGAGAGCCUCGACCCCAAGGCAUACAUCGACGCAUUGCUGGAGGUCCACACUCAGUACGCUGCUCUGGUUCAGAACGCUUUCAUGGGCGAGUCUGAGUUCGUUCGCUCCCUCGACAACGCAUGCCGCGAGUAUGUCAACCGUAACAAGGUCUGCGCCAAGAACUCGAGUAGAUCUCCUGAACUCCUUGCGAAGCACGCCGACAACGUCCUCAAGCGCUCGACCAAGGCAACCGAGGAGGACGACAUGGAGAAGAUGCUCAACCAGGUCAUGACUAUCUUCAAGUACAUCGAAGACAAGGAUGUAUUCCAGAAGUUCUACAGCAGACAUCUGGCCAAGCGUCUUGUCAACGGUACUUCUGCCUCUGGAGACGCCGAGACCUCGAUGAUCUCCAAGCUCAAGGAUGCCUCGGGCUUCGAAUACACCAACAAGUUGCAGCGCAUGUUCCAAGACAUGCAGACUUCUCGUGACUUGAACAACGACUACGAAGAGUGGGUGUCGCAGAACAUCGAUAAGGAAGAUCGCAAGGACGAGGUGGAUGCCUACUACCAGAUCCUCGGUACUGGCUUCUGGCCCCUGCAGCCUCCCAGCACACCGUUCGCGGCGCCAAACACCAUCAUCAAGACCUACGAGCGCUUCCAAACCUUCUACAGCAACAAGCACGGUGGUCGCAAGCUGACUUGGCUGUGGCACUUGUGCAAGGGUGAGAUUCGUGCCAACUACGUCAAGAUGAACAAGGUGCCGUACACGUUUCAGGUCUCUACCUACCAAAUGGCCAUCCUUCUGCUCUUCAACGACACGGACUCCGUUGCGUACGAGGACAUGGCUGGUAUGACUUCUCUUAACAAAGAGACUCUGGACCCAUCCAUCGGCAUCAUGCUCAAGGCCAAGGUCCUCACCGCCAACCCAGCAAACGCACCCACCGCUGAUGGUACCGUCUACUCUCUCAACUACGGCUUCAAGAACAAGAAGCUCAAGGUCAACUUGAACAUCGGCAUCAAGUCUGAGCAGAAGCAGGAGGUUGAGGAUACCCAUAAGACGAUCGAGGAGGACCGCAAGAUGCUCAUGCAGUCUGCCAUCGUCCGCAUCAUGAAGUCUCGCCAGAAGAUGAAGCAUGCUCAGCUUGUCUCGGAGACCAUUGGGCAGAUCAAGAACCGCUUCUCCCCCAAGGUGUCUGACAUCAAGAAGUGCAUCGACAUUCUUCUCGAGAAGGAAUACCUGGAGCGCCUCGAUGGUGAUGAACUGGGCUAUCUUGCAUAA